AUGGUGGCAGGUGGUGAACUUAGUUAUGAAGAGUUGCUGGAUCACAUUCUGAAUAAUAAGCCUAUACCUAAUAUUGUCGAAGUGCCAAAUGUUACGCUAGAUGAGGGUUUAGCUAGUACUCCUUCAUUGAAGCCAAGGUCCAGGCCUUGGGAAGGGCAGCUGCAGGAUCAAUCUAAUCAAGGAUCACAAGACAAAGCAGACAUAUCCCUGGAUAUUGACCAAGAAAACCUGGAGGGCAUGACCUCAUUAACAAAGCUGUCUGAAUGUUACGAUAUACAGUCUAAGUUACAGAUUAAUGACGGGGGCAACGAUGAUGGUGACUAUAACAAUGAUCACGAUAAAAGUGAUGGUAAUGGUAACGAUAAUGACACGGCAACCGUAAAACCGAAAACUAGGUAA